AUGAGCAGCAGCGGCGGCGAUGGCGGCUCUAGGGUUUCGAUCCCCGCCGAUCUACGCGACACCAUUAAAAAUAUUAGCGAGGUUACGGGGAAAAAACAUUCCGACGAGGAUAUCUUCACCGUCUUUAAGGAUUGCUUCAAUGAUCCACAUGAGACCGCUCAGAAGCUCCUCUACUUAGAUACCUUUCAUGAGGUGAGAGGCAAACGGGAGAAAAAGAAAGAGAAUUUAGUGCCAAUUAUACAAGGAAGAGGCAGAAAUGGUCGGAGGGACUUUGCUUCAGAUGGCAAUAGUGGAAGAAAUGCAGCUUUUAGAAGACAGAGUGGAGCUAAUCACAGAGUACGAGGUUCCAGAACUGCUUCUGCUCAUAACAAAUCAAUCAACGACACCAUUCCUUGUUCAAUAAAUCAGUCUCUCUCCAAGCCUACUUCGUCGUCUGAGGAUGUUGUUGAGCUGAAGAAGUCUGAAGACAGUGUUGUACCAGUGGCUGUAUCUGUAUCAGAUUCUGUUGUACAAACCGAUUCUCAAUAUGAUGCAGAAGGAACUUCUCAGAUCUCACAGCAAGAUCAAGUCACUAGGAGUGAGGUUGCAGCCAAUGAAAGCAAGAAUCAAUCGCUCCUCGAGUCAGAUGUUUCUGAACGUCCCCACGUAACGUUUCCUGUCCACCUUCAGGAUGCUAAAAUGCUGGCAAAUGGUCUGACGUUUGGGAGCUUCGAUUCCAGUUUUGUGAAAGAGGCAUCUUCUGACAAUUGUAGCAUUGAGUGUGAUAACUCCAACAUCGUCUCUUUUCCUGAGACAGCGGCCCAUGGGGCGUCAGCGAGGGAAGAUAUGUCAUCAACCUUUUCUCAAGAUCAGGAUCAUGACGUUUCAGAUGCAGCACCUGAGACGGAGGUAUCGUUGCAGUCUGAUCAAACUUUUCCGGAAGGAGAUAAACUGAAAGAGAACUUUGUACCAAUAACAGACACUCACCAGGCUGCAAAUUGUGAUGCCCCAGCUAUCUCAUAUCAAGAUCAGUAUUCCAUAGCAGCCUACCAACAGGCAAUGCACCUUUUCAGGCAACAAUACCCUUUAAACUUCUUCCCAUUCGGUCCUUAUUAUCCACCCCUUUACAUGCCACAACCGUACAUUAACCAGUUCUUGAGCCCAAACGGAUUCCAACAACAGUCUUACUUACCACCUGGAGAUGGUCUUCCAGCACAUACAGGGGAUACACUCCCUCCUCCUCACAUCAAAUCAGAAAGCAACGUUGAGAACUCUCCACCUACCACAGUCCCAUCCCUAUAUGAUCCAUACACAGUUGCUGCUUUUAAUAACAUCCCAUCAGCAGCCACAAUAAACUCUACCCAAAAAGAAGAACUGAAGGAAAACAUUUAUACGACUGGACCAUUGAGUCAGCACAACCUGCAGGCCAAUCCCAUGUACAACUUACCCUUUCAGGGCCAGCCAUUAGGUUUCCCGACCGUGCAGGCUGGGUUCCCGGGAAUAUACCAACCAACACAUCCCAUACUUCCGGCUCCAACGAUAACUGCACCCAUAGGACUCCCGCAAACAACCAAUCAGCAACCCCAAGCUGCGGUAACGAAUAUGGGGAACAACUUCUUGGUCAAGGAGAGUUAG